AUGCCUGCUGAAAGGGACAAAAGACCUACUCCGGAAUCGAACCCUCCUACAUCGCCCAUUGCCGAGCCCGAACAGGAUGAAUCCGAAUCAGAAAAACAGACAGUCGAUCACUCGGCCCCGCCUCCUCCACCCAAUGGAGGACUUGUCGCAUGGCUUCAGGUAGCGGGAGCGUUCUUCCUGUUUUUCAAUUCUUGGGGCAUUGUCAACACUUUCGGAGUCUUUCAGAGUUACUAUGAGGAUGAUUUACUCUCUUCAUACUUCGCGUCGUCCAUCUCGUGGAUUGGUACCAUACAGGGAUUCUUGCUCUUCCUGGUCGGGGUAGUUGUCGGCCCUGUAUUCGACAAGGGCAACUGCAAGACCCUCGUCGCCAUUGGCUCUUUCCUGGUCGUGUUUGGGUUGAUGAUGACAUCUUUGUCAACCCAGUACUACCAGAUUUUCCUCGCGCACGGUGUAGCUGUCGGAGUUGGAUGCGCUUUCUUGUUUCUACCAAGUGUGGCGAUCGUGGCCACCUAUUUCACAUCGCGGAGAGCAGUGGCUACAGGUAUUACUGCUUCUGGGGGUAGCAUCGGCUCUGUGAUUUUUCCUAUUGUGUUUCAUAAGCUGAUUGGCCCUCUUGGGUUCGGUUGGACGACCCGAGUCAUUGCCUUCAUAGCACUCGGUGGUCUACUCUUCUCCCUGGCCGUGAUAAAGAGACGCUUGCCACCCCCAAAACAAGCACGGAAGCUAAUCUAUCCAAGCGCGUUCAAAGAGUCACCCUUCAUCGUACUCAGCUUGGCUCUAUUCUUUUCCUUCAUCGGACUGUACUUCCCAUUCUUCUACCUGCCGACCUUCUUCACCUCCUAUCUACAUUCCAACGAUAACAUCGCAUUCUACAGCGUCGCAAUCCUGAAUGCUGCCUCCGUCUUCGGGCGAAUUACCCCAGGCCUGCUUGCUGACAGAAUUGGCUCCAUCAACACAAUUGUACCAGUCAGCUUGAUAGCUUCCAUCUUAGCCUUUGCAUGGAUCGGGAUCAAGAAUGAGGCGGGGAGUAUUGUCUUCUCCAUCAUAUACGGCUAUGCAUCCGGUGCAAUCGUCUCAUUGCCACAUACUAUUGUUGCUCGGAUCACGCCUGAUAUGAGCAUUGUGGGGACUCGGAUGGGCAUGUGCUUUACCUUCGCAGGCUUGGGCUUACUGAUUGGUAACCCUAUUGCGGGAGCUCUGUUGAAUCUGGAGAAUGCGGUCUUUUGGAAAGCGCAAUUGUUCACUGCUCUCACCGUCGUGGUUGGUUCCGCCUUUUUCAUUGUCUUGCGACUGAUCAAGUGGAACGACGGCGAUGGGUGGAAAAUGUAG